CACCAGCGCCACCACUCGCGCAGCCGCACCUCCAAAAAAAAUCCUGGUGCUCGCGCCCGUAGGCCGGGUCCACGCGCGCACGGGGGGUUGAGAACCCCCUCCGUUGUUUCCUAGGCCGCACGUCGCCCUCGCCGCCUCCGUCUCCGUCCGUUCGUCGGGCCGCCAAUAGAAAAAACCACGGCACGCGCCGCCGCUCUUGCCCGGCACCUGCACCUGCACCUGCACUGCCCCCCACUUUUCUUACCACCGAGGGCGAGCGCGAGGAGGCGCCUUUUCGUGCCUGCCUGCUGGCCGUUGCCGCUGCUCACGAGCCUCCCGCCCCCCGCGCUGCCCUGCGCUGCCUUCUGACUGCCCCAACGAGAGCCAGGGGAGCCAGGAAAAAGGAGGCGUCAAAAGCCCGAGCCAGAAGGGGGAGCACGCAAGGACAUGGCGCCAACCGUUGCCUUCAGCUCAGUUAGCGCCCAAGCUGGGCUGAUCCAAAAGCCAAGGAACCUUGGAGCCACAAGCUACGCCGGAUUAAAGGUGCCGAGCUUUCGCUCAGAGUCGUCAUUCCUGGGCAGGAAUGCGUCCCUACGAGCAGCUGUUACACCAAGGAUUGUGCCCAAGGCGAAGUCUGGAUCUCAGAUAUCUCCGCAGGCAUCCUACAAGGUGGCGGUGCUGGGUGCUGCCGGUGGCAUCGGUCAACCCUUGGGCCUGUUGAUUAAGAUGUCUCCUCUGGUGUCCGAGCUGCAUCUGUAUGAUAUUGCUAAUGUCAAGGGAGUUGCUGCGGAUCUCAGCCACUGCAACACGCCUGCCCAGGUUCUUGACUUCACUGGGCCCUCAGAGCUAGCCAACUGCUUGAAGGGUGUGGAUGUUGUUGUCAUCCCUGCUGGGGUCCCAAGGAAGCCGGGCAUGACUCGUGAUGACCUUUUUAACAUCAACGCGAGCAUUGUCAAGUCACUGGUUGAGGCUGUCGCGGACAAUUGCCCAGAGGCGUUCAUCCAUAUCAUCAGCAACCCGGUGAAUUCCACGGUGCCAAUUGCAGCUGAGGUUCUGAAGCAGAAGGGUGUCUACAACCCCAAGAAGCUUUUCGGGGUUACCACCCUGGAUGUUGUCAGGGCUAACACAUUUGUGGCGGAGAAGAAGAACCUUAAGCUCAUUGAUGUUGAUGUCCCAGUUGUUGGUGGGCAUGCUGGUAUCACAAUCCUGCCUCUGUUAUCGAAGACCAGGCCGUCUGUCACCUUCACAGAAGAGGAAACCGAGGAGCUGACAAAGAGGAUACAGAAUGCUGGGACAGAGGUGGUGGAGGCCAAGGCUGGUGCUGGGUCUGCUACCCUGUCCAUGGCCUAUGCUGCUGCCAGAUUUGUUGAGUCGUCUCUCCGCGCGCUGGCUGGCGAUCCCGAUGUCUAUGAGUGCACAUUUAUCCAGUCUGAGAAAACUGAUCUGCCAUUCUUCGCAUCAAGAGUCAAGCUCGGCAAGAACGGUGUUGAAUCCGUGGUUUCCGCCGACCUCGAGGGAGUGACUGAGUAUGAGGCCAAGGCACUCGAGGCGCUGAAGGCCGAGUUGAAGGGAAGCAUUGAGAAGGGUAUCGCCUUUGCGAACAAACAGCAGGAAGCUGCUGCAUCUGUCUGAAGCGAAGCAAGUGAAAUGGAAUGCAGUCCACAAGGGAAUAAAGGAACGAUGAUCUUGAAUGGCUUUUAAGUUUUGCAGCCUAGAAUUUUUUUGGUGCCGUGCCGGAGUGUAGGAAGAUGCUCCAGAUGGUUGCUGUUGUUAGUUUCUAAUUACUACAUGGGGGCUCGACUGGACAUCCCCCAAGUUAUCACCGGUAUCUAAACCAGGCCUUGUUUAACACCACACAUAAAUUUUGCUCCGUCUGUAUUGUGGUUCUGUUUGUAGCUUGUUGGAGUUUACAAACUACAAAGAAGCUAAUAAAACACUUUUGUUGAAAGUGAUCUGUGCCAUGUUUGUAUUGUCGUAUUUGCUACUGUUCAACAGAAAAGCCCUGGCUUCAUUGGCUACUAAAGUUAUUAUCUUUUUGUA